AAAACUAUGAGAUUAUUGCCUGAGCAUUAACCUUUUUGUUAGCCGGGAUUAUCCUGUCAAACUCGGCAAAUAAAUUGAUCUCAAAAAUGGGAGCCAGCGUAGUCAAGAAAGCUUCUGUGGUAUAUGGGCUGGUACUGGCCACAGUUCUGCGGAUAAUAAUACCAUUUAGAGUGGGUUCUAAUGCCUUGAACGAAUGCACAAAUUGCACUGCUGCUGUAGUCACUUACUUCUCAGCCGCCAGUAGGGUUUUAUUUAUCCUCACAACUCUGUUUUUACUGAGCAUUAGCUUGGCUGAUCUUACUGCGGAUUGGAUUUCAGUGGCGUAUAUACCUCUGCUGAUAUACAUGAUGAGCUGGACGUAUUACUCGUUAUUUGAGCAAAUGAAAAACGUGGAGGAAAGCUACGAGGGAUUUAUGAAUGAGUUGGCACAUUACUGGUGGAGCAACGACACAUAUUGGUUUAAUCUUGAAAAAAAGCUGCAAUGUUGUGGAUUGGGAGGACCCCGAACCUAUAUGGAGUAUCUGCGAAAAGUUCCCGGGCACUGCUACAAUCCCCAACUCAUUACUUUGGGCUGUGGGCAAAUGGUUCACGACUUGCUAGAUCCAAUGCUAAGAAUCGGACGUCUUAUGCGUAUUAUAACACUAGCAAUUGAGCUAUACCUACUGUACUUUUAUGGUGUUAUUGUGUGCAAGAAGCUGGCCAGUUUGAUUGCGGAAAGGCAUCCCAACAAGAAUGUUUCUAAGCCUUUACUAAACAAAUCCCGUUGAAAGGGCUUUACAUGUUUUUA